CUCCUGAGCACUGGGAUUGCAGGUCUGCACCAUCAGGACCAGUUUAGUUCCAUUUUAAGGAUUAGCCUCAUUCGGGCCACAUCUCAGACAGCCACACCCUAUCUGUUUUCAGUCCCUUUCCUAUAAUCCGAGAUUUGUAGUGGUCGCAAGUGACAGAGAUCCAUCUCACAAAGGUUUAAGCUGCAGGUUCCAAGUUCUGAACUUCCUUAGGAUAAGCGACUUUUAGAAAUGGCUGAAUCCAGCCGGUCUCUUCUCUUGCUCUCUGUCUUCUGCUUUUUCUUCUCCUCCUUUUCCUCUUUGUCCAGGCCAUACAGAAGCCUGGGCAACAUACUUACCCCUGAAGCAGUAACGGGUGAGGAGGUUGCGUUUUCUGAUUGGGUUGAUGUAGAUCAGGUGUCUCCCUCUGCCAGCAGUGGGGCAGAUACACAGGUGAUUUGCCGGGAGGUGGGGGCGGGGAGGCAUGUGAAGUCUGAGGAACUCCUCCCUCCACUGCUCCCAGGGGGCAAUGCAGGAAUUGCAGCCGCUUACUCGGCUCGGAAGCUGGGCAUCCCUGUCACCAUUGUGCUCCCAGAGAACACUUCCACGCAGGUGGUGAGGCGGCUGGAGGGGGAGGGGGCCGAGGUCCAGCUGGCUGGGAAGGUCUGGGAUGAAGCCAACAUAAAGGCGCAAGAAUUGGCCACAAGGGACGGCUGGGUGAAUGUCUCCCCGUUUGACCAUCCCCUGAUAUGGGAAGGCCACGCCAGUCUAGUACGGGAGCUGAAGGAGUCGCUGGGGAGCCCGCCGGGUGCCGUGGUACUGGCCGUAGGGGGUGGAGGACUCCUUGCAGGUGUGACAGCUGGCCUGUUGGAGGUAGGCUGGCAACAUGUGCCCAUUAUUGCGAUGGAGACCCGAGGGGCACACAGCUUCAACGCGGCCUUGCAGGCAGGCAGGCUGGUCACGCUGCCAGACAUCACCAGUGUAGCCAGGAGCCUGGGAGCCAAGAGGGUGGCUGCGCGGACCUUGGAGUGUGCGAAGGAGUGUGAGAUCCUCUCUGAGGUGGUGGAAGACCAGGAGGCUGUGAAGGCAGUGCAGAGGUUCCUGGAUGAUGAGCGCAUCCUGGUGGAGCCUGCCUGUGGGGCCGCUCUGGCUGCUAUAUACUCAGGCAUCCUGGGGAGGCUCCAGGCUGAGGGCCGCCUAGGCCCGGCCCUGGCUUCCAUUGUGGUCAUCGUGUGUGGUGGCAACAACAUCAGUAGCCAACAGCUCCAGGAUCUGAAAACCCAACUGGGCUGUAGCUGAGGGCUCCCAGGGACCCCAGAGAGGCUCCUGGACACCUUCAUGGCCACCCAAGGGAGUGUCCUACCCUCCUCCUACCUUCCUCCUUCAGGGAUCCCUCUUGGAUUGCUCCCAGGGGCUCCCUGCAGUCCACUGAAUAAAGCCGCCUGAUUUGAGUGUGUGGUUUCCACAGUUUCUGUGUUUUUACCCCUCUAGCUACACAAUACUGAAGCA